CCCCGCCCUCCGGUUUGACCCAGCCUUCGGAACUCCGGGGGACGUGGCCUCCACCAGCUGCCCAGCCUGCAAAACCACAGGGGAGGGGAGGAUAGUGUCACCCGGCUGUCACUCCGCAGUGGGGUCGGGUAGAAGGGGUCUGCAGUGAAACGGAGGAGUGAGAAACACAUCUGGGUCCAAAGUGGCAGUUCGGACCGCGUUACCACCCUCCACCAUGGAGACUCCGCCCCGCCCCCUGACCAGUAGCAGCCAACCUAAACGCGACCCGGCCCAGUGAUGGACGGGGCCUAGCAUCCGCGGCUCCUCUUAGCCAAUGGCGCUCCGCGGCGGGCAGGAUUCCAACCAAUCCUGGCAUGCGCCUGGCCUCCAGGGCGGAGCCGAGUGGCCCCUGUCCAGACCCAGAGGCCCGGGGAAAGUGAGCCGGACUCCUACCCAGCACCGGUGAAACCCAGCGCUGCAGGCUUGUCGGAGGUAGUCGUGGCGACCCUGGCAGCCGAGGACAUGGGAGGCUUAAAGAGGAAACAUUCUGAUUUGGAAGAAGAGGAGGAGGAGGAUGAGAAGUGGGACUGGAGUCCAACAGCCCUUCGGAGUUACCAGCAAGCCCUGCUCCGAAUCUCUCUGGACAAAGUCCAGCGCAGCCUGGGCCCCAGAGCACCCAGCCUCCGCAGGCACGUCCUUAUCCACAACACGCUCCAGCAGCUACAGGCCGCUAUUCGCCUAGCUCCAGCCCCAGCCCUGCCCCCAGAGCCUCUCUUCCUAGGUGAGGAAGACUUCUCCCUGUCUACCACCAUUGGCUCUAUCCUCAGGGAGCUGGAUACAUCCAUGGAUGAGAUGGAGCCGCCUCUGAAUCCAGCAGCUUCCUCAGAUCCCCAGAAUGAGAUCAUGUCCGAGGCUGAUCCUGUGUUCUUACAGGCUCUGAGCUCCCGGUACCUGGGAGACUCUGGCCUGGAUGACUUCUUUCUGGACAUUGAUACAUCUGCAGUGGAAAAGGACAUUGCACUUCCACCUCCAGAGCCACCUCACAGCCUCUUCUGUACCCCAGGAUCCUGGGAAUGGAAUGAAUUGGACCACAUUAUGGAAAUCAUCCUGGGAUCCUAAAACUGAUGGGAUCCUUCCAGACAUCAGCCUCAGUGGGCUGGGUCCUUAGAUGGGACUCUUGUAUGUGUGUUUGGCAGAGGCUCUCAACAGUAACCGUGUAGCCUCCUUUCCUCCUAUGUCAGGAUUCCACAAACUGUCCUGCAUGUGUGCGUGUCUGCUUACCACAGCCUUCCGUGAAGGUGCGUCUUCCUCAGUUAAUUUAUCUCUUCCAAAUGCCUUAAGGAGCCUGUUUCAGGAAGUCUUGGUUCCUCACUUACACAUUUCUUCUGCCUCUAGUUCCCACUGCCCUUAUGACCACUAGGGUCUCAGGGAAGAUAAAACUGGACCUGACAAGGGAUGAUAGGUGGGCUGCCUCUCCGGGGAGAGGGAGGGACUGGUCUCCCUCUGGGCAGGCUCAACCUCUUGGCAGGACCCUAGUCCCAGCAGCCUCCUGAUUCAUAACCAGGCUGGACCAUGUGCAAUAGGGCGGAAAUCUACCAGCUCUGUGCUGUGCUACUUAAGAAGAAAGAGGAGGUGGGAUUUGUAGUGGUGUUUGUUUGUUUGUUUGUUUGUUUUGGGUGUUUUUUUUUAGUGAAGUUUUGUUUUUGUUUUUUGUUUUUUCUAAUAAAAACAUUUUGGAAA